CUUAGGGCUAGGGUUUUCGAAGCAGCGCCUCCCUUUAGUAGGGUUUAUCUGUGAAGAAGGGGAAGCAGCUUGAGGUGAAAUUCCAUAUUCUUCAAAUCACAUUUCAGCACAUACGAUUUUAGCUAUUUCAUUUUGAUAUAACGUCAACGUCUUUUAGGUGGAGGAUAGACCAAAGAUUGAUAAAAGGAGCUGCAUACACAUGCCUGUGUGAUCACAAUAGUCAACCAUGCUGAUUGUUAGGAGCCUGGGCCGCCCAUCUUUACUUUUUCGCUCGUAUUGUGCACAGCCCUCCCCUUCCUCCCCCACUUCUAGGCUCUUUGUUGGAGGUCUAUCAUGGUCGGUCGAUGAGAAGUCAUUGAAGGAUGCUUUCUCUUCCUUUGGAGAAGUCACCGAAGUCAGGAUCAUGUACGACAGAAACUCUGGGAGAUCAAGAGGCUUUGGAUUUGUACAUUUUUCAGACACUGAAAAUGCUACAUGUGCUAAGGAUGCCAUGGAUGGAAAGGCUUUGUUAGGUCGGCCUUUAAGGAUAAAUUUUGCCAUUGACAAGGUCCGUGGGGGGCCUGUGGUAGUCCCUCGACUUUCCUCCAUUGAAGGAGAGGCCACCAGCCAAAAAUCAUAAACCCCUAUGGUUGGAGAUGUCUAUUACUUGUGUCUAAAGGCAGGAUCGAAGAUGCAAAAUGAUCCUUCCUCUACUGAAUUAGAGUGCUCUCGAGCUCUGAAGGAGAAUCAAGGUAUGUUCUGCCUACCGAAGCAAUGGACGAAAGCUAUCUCUUUUCCCUUUAUGGUAACAAGAUUUUGCUUUUCAAGAACUAAGCCUAGGAAGUACAUAGCAUAUCCUUCCACGACACGAAGACAUGCACAGCUUCCUAACUCUCUGGGACAAUAAACACGGACAAUUUCCAAUGAGAAUGCCUGUUGCUGAAGAAGUUUAUGUUUUUCCAUUAAGAGGAUCGAUGGGUGAAUCUUGAGCCUCCAUCCACGACUUGAGAUUUAGCUGAUGGGGCCCAUGUUUUGCGGGCCAAACAGUAAGGAAAUGACUUCUGAGUAGGUUUUGAAUAGGUUUGGGUGACCCAUGAUUAGACUCUUCCUAGUAUGGUGUGGUUCCUAGUAUAGCUGUUCCGUAUCCCUUGUUCAAUCAACGCGAUAAGUGUGCCAUCAAAACUCAACUUGAUGUAUCUACAGCUUAGAAUGAAGAAUGAAAUGGCCAGGGGCCUGGCCCAUUACUAUAACAUUAUAACUUUUAGGGCAGUUUCGGAUCGGAGUUUCUGUGGCAUCCCACUUUGCAUGGUGCCCUUGCUUUCUCAUUCUUGCUGUUCUUUCCAAAUAGGUCCUUUAUGUAAUUAAUCUUUAAAAAAAAAUAAAUUGUUUUUUGGGUAUCAGCAGCUGAUAUUGUCCCUUGUCCUGUCAUUUGUUUUUUUCCUCAGGUUGUGGACAAUGCACCAUUACUUUCCACUAAUCCCAGGCC